CGCGCCGUGGGCCCCCGGGGGUGCGCCGAGGUGGGCCCGCCCUGGCCGCCCCAUGUCCCGCAGGAGCGCGAGGCCGGCGCGAGGGGACACGCCGACCCCCGACCCCCCCGCGGGGGGCGCAGGCCCGGCGGCGGCUCGGUGCCGGAGUGAGCUGGACGCCCGUCGCAGCAGGUGCCGGAUCCGUCUGGGAGGACACAUGGAGCGCUGGUGUCUCCUCAAGGACCGCCUCGGCUUCGCCCUGCAUUCCCAACUCGCCAAAUUCCUGCUCGACAGGUAUAGCUCCCCCGGCUGCGUGCUCUGCACAGGUGUGGAGCCGCCACCGUCACCGCCGCCGCCUCCUCCUGAAGGCCUCCAGGCUCUGGUCCUGCUGUCUCACGCCCACAGCCGCUCGUGCAGCCUGGCACCGGGGCUGCGGGAGCCGGGGGGGCCCGGCGGGGGGCUGGUUUGGGAAUGCCCGGCCGGGCACAGCUUUUCCUGGACCCCCGCCCGGCCCCGGAUCCGCAGGGAUGCAGCUUCCCUGGAAGAGAGCCGGGAGGAGACCGGGACGUCCAGCGGAGAAGGAGCCCGCCGGGUACCGGACGAGGGACGGCAGCGGGAUGGAGAGGAGGAGAAGGAAGGCUUUCCACCGGAUGAGGGACCGCGGCAGGAGGAAGAGGAUGGAGAGGACGGAGAGGAGGAGAGGGAAGGCUUCCCACCGGACGAGGGACGGCAGCAGGAGGAAGAGGAUGGAGAGGACGGGAAGGGAGGCUUUCCGGAGGCCGUGAGCCGCUGGGCCUACAGCCCUUCCAUGGAGGGGGAGCCGGCGGCGGCCCCCCGCUCUCCUAGCCCGGAAGCCCCCGGCCCCCCGAAGGAGGAAGGGGCGCGCGUGGCCCCGGGUGCGGCCCCCAGACCCAGCCAGGACCCAGGGGCCCGAGGAGCCGGCCGGAGACCCCGGGCCUCCCCGCAGCCCCCCGACGACGACGUAGCCCAGAUCGGCCCCAAGAGGAUCAGGAAGGCGGCCAAGCGGGAACUGCUGCCCUGCGACUUCCCGGGCUGCGGGAAGAUCUUCUCCAACCGGCAGUACCUCAACCAUCACAGGAAGUACCAGCACGACCAGCAGAAGUCCUUCUCGUGCCCCGAGCCGGCCUGCCGCAAGGCCUUCAACUUCAAGAAGCACCUGAAGGAGCACGUGAAGCUGCACAGUGACACCCGCGACUACAUCUGCGAGUUCUGCGCCCGCCCCUUCCGCACCAGCAGCAACCUGGCCAUCCAUCGGCGCAUCCACACCGGGGAGAAGCCCCUGCAGUGCGAGAUCUGCGGGUUCACGUGCCGGCAGAAGGCGUCGCUGAACUGGCACCGGCGGCGGCACGAGGAGGCGGCGGCGGCCUUCCGCUUCCCCUGCGAGCUGUGCGGCAAGCGCUUCGAGAAGCCCGACAACGUGGCCGCCCACCGCAGCAAGAGCCACCCGGACCCCCGGCCCGGCCCCGGGACCCCGCCGCUCCCCGAGGGGGGCGCGCCCCAGUGACGCGGGGAGCUGGGCGCCCAAUAAAGAGUAUUUUUC